CAGGUCCUCACCUCCUUUAUAGGAAGCAGUGACCGCCCAUCCCGCAGGGGACAGAAAGGCUGGAGGAUUUAUAGGCUUAAGGAACCCAGAUUCUCUUGAAAUUCCUCAGGACCUUGAAAUGGGAUAAAAAACUAAAGUAGCUAUUAUAGUAAAGUAGCUACAAUAGUCUACAUACAAGAAGAAAAUGUAGGCUACAUGGUUACAUUUCACCACUGUGCUGCAUUUCAGAGGGAAAUAUUGUAGGCUACUCGUUCCAAGAGGUAGGCCUACAUUUAUCUCAGUGCUUUAGUGAAGUUAUAUGGAUAAAGGAUAAGGAUAAACAUGUAACAUAGCCUAGUAAACUUUAAAAAAACGCAGAGCAUAAAAUACUACCAGUGUUAAACAGUAUUUAAAAAUAGUUCAAUGUAGCUCCACGUUGACCAGCUACACCAUUAAAAUGCUGCUUGCACCCUUGUACAUCAGAAAUACCAAUACAACCACAUAAUCUAACCUGCAAAUACAAGUAUAGCCUAAUACUUUGAAAGGGGGCAUUCUCGCAUAUGAGUACUUUUACUUUUAAUAGCCUACUUGCAGAUGAUAUGUGUGCAACAAUUAUGCAUAUUAAGUAAACUACUGAAUGUAGUUUACACUGUGACAUGCCACUGCAAGUAAAAUAGUACUCAAGCACUUCUUCCAACACUGCGCUAAGCCAAAAAAGCAAUGCUGUUUGAUUUAGAUCAUCUUUCUACGUUUGAGUAUGCUGCCACCUAGUGAUCAUUUAUUAUGCAAUACGCCCGUUGCCACUGCUUCCUUUCUUCCCCCACACACAACGAAACAAAACUUUUACCAGCAAUAUGAGACACAUGUCAAGUGUUACAGUUUCUCAGGAAGAGUGCACUUCCGUCUUUUGUUGCCUCAAGCAGAAUAUCUUCCUUUCCAGAGCUGUGUCGUGCUCAGCCACCUGUGUGUGAGAGGGCGUAGAUGCAUUAGGCCAUGUUCUAAAAAAUAAAAUAAAAAUGACUAUAUAUAGAAUCCUUAUCGUCAAACAAACUGAGCGCAAUUGCAGCGAUGCCCUACCAUCUGAGUGGACAGAGGGAGGGAGUUUGCUUUUUUUUGCUAACAGGAGAGACGAGAAAGUGAUUUGAAGCCGCUCGUGAAGCCAGAAGUUCAGCAGAGGAGUUUUCUUUUUCUUUAAUUUUAUUUGGGUUUGUGGCUGGGUGCUGAUGGAGUUUUAUGAACAUAUCAAGACCGCCAAUGUGGAGGACGUUGUGCUCCGGCAGCCGCUGCACCCACCGACCAGAGGCACCCUGUGCAUCACCGGCCACCACCUGCUCUUCUCGGACAGGGAGGAGGGCAGCUCUCGGCAGGUUUUACUGCUCAUCAGGAACAUCGAUGCCAUUGAGAAAAGUGUGGAAAACCUUUUGGCCUGUUCCAGCCUCUUCUCUAAUGCAGGCCACAGUGAAAGGAUAUCUGGAUCUUCAGGGACGAUUACCAUCAAGUGUAAAGAUCUACGUGUGCUCCAGCUUGACAUACCAGGCAUGGAACAGUGUCUCAACAUUGCACACUCUAUUGAGACCCUGUCCUGCCUAGACAGUGUGUCGGAGAUGUAUCCUUUCUUUUAUAGACCUUCUGAUCUCAGCCUGCAGGACCAGUGGGGUCUCUCAUCCCCUGAAAAGCACUACAGUCAAAUGAAGGAGCUACAUGAUAGAUGGAGACUGAGCACUGUGAACACAGACUACUCAGUGUGUCCCUCGUACCCUCCAGCUGUCAUCGUCCCAAAGAACACAGAUGACGACAUGCUAAAGAAGGUGGCCAAAUUCAGACAGGGAGGACGCUUCCCUGUCCUCUGCUACUACCACAGAAAGAAUGGCAUGGUAAUCAUGCGCAGCAGUCAGCCGCUGACAGGAGCCAAUAAGAAGCGCUGCAGGGAAGACGAGCACCUCCUCCAGGCUGUGAUUAGCGGCUCAGACAAAGGUUACGUUAUUGACACGCGCUCCAGUCAGCAGGCGCUUCAGGCCAGAAUGACAGGCGGAGGGUUUGAGUCCAAAUCGUGUUAUAGCAGCUGGAAGAGACUGCACAGACAGAUGGAAAGGGGUAAAGCACUGCAGGAGAGUCUAAUUAAACUGGUGGAGGCCUGUGGUGACGAGUCCCAUAAUAUGGACCGUUGGCUCAGUAAACUUGAGAAUUCAAAGUGGCUUUCUCAUGUCCAGACUGCUCUGUCAACAGCUGGCCUGCUGGCAGAGUGUGUGGAGAGGGACGGUCAUUCAGUUCUGGUUCACGGCUUUGAAGGGACAGAAUCCACUUUGCUCAUCAGCACUCUGGCUCAGCUCAUAAUGGACCCAUCCUGCCGCACACUGGAGGGCUUCCUGGCUCUGCUGGAGAGGGAGUGGGUACAGGCAGGACACCCAUUCCAGCAGCGGUGUGCCCACUCGGCCUACUCCCAUGCUCGUCUCCAGCAGGAGUCCCCGGUCUUCCUGCUGCUGCUGGACUGUGUGUGGCAGCUGGGGCGUCAGUUCCCCCUGGCACUGGGCUUCUCUGAGGCGCUGCUGCUGAGGCUGGCGACUGAGGCCUACGCGUCUAACUAUGGCACCUUCCUGUGCAACAGCCAUCGGGAACGGUGUGCUAUAGGAGUGAUGGAGAAGACUCAUUGUUUGUUCCAGGCCCUGUUGAGGCCCAGGGAGAGAAAUUACUACUCAAACCCCCUGUAUGAGCCCACUGAGCUAGCAAUAUGGCCCUCGGUGCACCCUCAGUCCCUGCAGCUUUGGAGAGGCUUUUUUCUGAGGUGGACCGAAUGUGCUCGUCACCUUGAAGAGGCUCAGGAGGAAAUAAGGAACAUGGUCAUUGAGUGGGGGAAACUGGCACUCAGCUGAUGCCCUUUCAGUACAUGAACAAGUGAAGAUGCUCAGCCUGAACAUGUAGAGCAUGUUAAGGAGGAAUAUUACCGAUGUGCAAUGCCUUUGGACUGUGGUUAUUUCAGAUUUACCUUCUCUAUAUUAAUGUACAGUAAUUGUUUUGUGCUUUGAUAAAAAUAGAAAAAAAAUUAUUUGAAUUGAGACUGAAUAAAUUAUGUUAUUUUAGGCUGUUUAGCCCCGUGCAUUUUCACACCAUGUGUUUGGUGCUUUAAAAAUCACUUACGGUGUGUAAUAUUUUCUCUGUUUUGCAUAAUUUCAAUGAGGUAAUUAUUUUCUGACAUAUGAACUCAUGAAUAUUAUCAGUAGAGGAAGGCUGUAAAACUGACACACCCCCCAGUCCUGUUAAGCUCAGCUAAACACUCUUCACAAUACAAAUCCCUGUGCACAGCAAGUCAGCAUGUUUGCACACACGGAGCUUUGCAAGCUGGAGACUGUAGUUCUUUUCAGUCAAGAGCCACAAGCCUUGGUGAUUAUACAAAGUGGACAAGAACCACAUAGCCCAGCAUGACUUUCUACGGCUGCUUAUUUAUCCAGUGGUUGUUGAAACGGUGACCAAUCGGAUGGUAAUGUUAACACUUUAUCACUCAAAUGCUGUCUUUCAGCUCUUAUUUCAUAAUUUAGUUUAGAGGAAUAGUUUUGGCAUUACUUUUUAAAUUGUAUCAGCUGGUUUUGGACCAAGAAUCAUCUGCCUGGGAUUUCUGAUUUUGUCAGGACACAGGUAAAAAUUAUUUUCUGUAUUCUAUAAAGUUCAACAUGUGUCUGUAAUGUUAUUUAAAUACAACAAGCAAUGGUUAUUAC